GGACGCUGUUUGGAAGGGGAUCGCCGAUACACCAUUCUCAGUUUUCUUUUUUAUUUAAUCAUUUCAGCAGUGUUUGAUUUCAACGCCGUCACAACCUCCACAAGCGGAUCCUGUGCAGUCGAGAAGUAGUGAAAUUCAAUGCGGGGUUGUUUUUUUCUCCCGUUCGACCACGCCGUAUAUAUAUAUAUGCCGUAAAUGCCUAGACUAGAAAAGAGUUCUUGUACUUUCAAUGUGAUGCAUUUGUCGAAGAGGAAAAUUACUGGACUAAGAUGGGCAAUAAGCAAACGAUAUUUACUGAUGAACAGCUAGACGCCUACCAGGACUGCACUUUCUUUACACGCAAAGAAAUCCUUCGGUUACAUGGACGAUACCAUGAACUGGCUCCACAUUUAGUACCAAUGGACUACACGGAUGAACCAGAUGUCACGCUGCCCUUAGCCCUCAUAGUCAACAUGCCAGAGCUAAAGGAAAACCCCUUCCGGAAUCGCAUCGUGGAGUCUUUUUCCGAGGACGGACUUGGGAACCUCAGCUUCAAUGACUUUGUGGACAUGUUUUCCGUGCUCAGCGAGAUGGCCCCCAGAGAACUGAAGGCCAUAUAUGCCUUCAAAAUAUAUGAUUUCAAUGUAGACAAUUACCUUUGCAAGGAGGAUCUGGAGAAAACGCUGAACAAGCUAACACGAGAGGAACUGACAGCGGAGGAGGUGAACCUGGUGUGUGAGAAGGCCAUCGAAGAGGCGGACCUGGAUGGUGACAACAAGCUCUCCUUCGCUGACUUUGAAAACAUGAUCUCACGCGCUCCUGACUUCUUAAGCACCUUCCACAUACGAAUCUGAGAACACGGUCAUCAAAAAGGAUGUGAACGACAAUGAGAAAAGAUCAUCUUUUGCCUGGCUGGGACCACGGACUACAGCAGAGAUCCUGACCACACCCUGACGGUGCCCUGACCACGCCAGGACCACAGCCCUGAGUCUGUCUGCCACAUGCCUAGAGGGGUUUGGUGCUCUCCCUCACCACUGUCGCCAGAUAUGGUGUGCAGUCCCAGCAUCAUGGGUGACCGGCUGGGUUUGCACGAUCUUUUUGGUGUUCUUAGAAGGAAGCACAGGCCUUGAGCCACGUCACAGUUAAUGUGUAAGAUUAACAAAACACAGAACCAAACGCAUGCAUGCUUCCCUCCUCCUUCCCUGUAGAACCUCACACACCCAUGUACCGAUCUCGGUCAAAGGAAAUGCACCUUUUGUUCUCAAAGAGGAAGAGGAAAAACAUUUUAAAAAUCUCCCAGAUUCAUUUGGAUA